GGGGGGGCUGCCCCGGGGCGGCCCCCCACGUCGGGGCGAGGCGGGCGGCGGCGGCGGGAGCGCGUCCCGUCCGGGUCCCGAGGAGCCGCCGCCGCCGCCGCCGCCGCCGCUCGCCAACAUGGCGGACCUGGAGGCCGUGCUGGCCGAUGUCAGCUACUUGAUGGCGAUGGAGAAGAGCAAGGCGACCCCGGCUGCCCGUGCCAGCAAGAAGAUCGUCCUGCCCGAGCCCAGUAUCCGGAGCGUGAUGCAGAAGUAUCUUGAGGAGAGACAGGAAAUCACCUUUGACAAGAUUUUUAAUCAGAAAAUUGGUUUCUUGCUAUUUAAAGAUUUUUGUUUGAAUGAAAUUAAUGAAGCUGUACCUCAGGUGAAGUUUUAUGAAGAGAUAAAGGAAUAUGAGAAGCUUGAAAACGAGGAAGAUCGCCUCUGUAGAAGUCGGCAGAUUUAUGACACCUAUAUCAUGAAGGAGCUGCUGUCCUGUUCCCAUCCAUUCUCCAAGCAAGCUGUAGAACACGUACAGAGUCAUCUGUCUAAGAAACAAGUGACGUCAACCCUUUUUCAGCCAUACAUAGAAGAAAUUUGUGAAAGUCUUCGAGGCAGCAUUUUUCAAAAAUUUAUGGAAAGUGACAAGUUCACUAGAUUUUGUCAGUGGAAAAACGUAGAAUUGAAUAUCCAUUUGACCAUGAAUGAUUUCAGCGUCCAUAGGAUUAUUGGACGAGGAGGAUUCGGUGAAGUAUAUGGUUGCAGGAAAGCAGACACCGGGAAAAUGUAUGCGAUGAAAUGCUUAGAUAAGAAGAGGAUCAAGAUGAAACAAGGAGAAACAUUAGCCUUAAACGAAAGGAUUAUGUUGUCCCUUGUGAGCACAGGAGAUUGUCCUUUCAUUGUCUGUAUGACUUAUGCCUUCCAUACUCCAGAUAAACUCUGCUUCAUCUUGGAUCUGAUGAAUGGGGGCGAUUUGCACUAUCACCUUUCACAGCAUGGGGUGUUUUCUGAGAAGGAGAUGCGGUUUUACGCUACCGAAAUCAUCCUGGGGCUAGAGCACAUGCAUAAUCGGUUUGUCGUUUACAGAGACUUGAAGCCCGCAAAUAUCCUCUUGGAUGAGCACGGACACGUUAGGAUAUCAGACCUUGGUCUUGCCUGCGAUUUUUCUAAAAAGAAGCCGCAUGCGAGCGUGGGCACCCACGGGUACAUGGCUCCUGAGGUUCUGCAGAAGGGGACCGCCUACGACAGCAGUGCCGACUGGUUCUCCCUGGGCUGUAUGCUAUUCAAGCUUCUGAGAGGUCACAGCCCUUUCAGACAACAUAAAACCAAAGAUAAGCACGAGAUAGACCGAAUGACGCUCACCAUGAAUGUGGAACUUCCAGACAUCUUCUCCCCUGAGCUGAAGUCCCUCCUGGAAAGCUUGCUCCAGCGCGACGUUAGUAAGCGACUCGGCUGCCACGGAGGCGGUGCACAGGAGCUAAAAGCGCAUGAUUUUUUCAGAGGCAUCGACUGGCAGCACGUCUACCUGCAGAAGUACCCUCCACCCUUGAUUCCUCCUCGGGGAGAAGUCAAUGCUGCUGACGCCUUUGACAUCGGCUCAUUUGAUGAAGAGGAUACCAAAGGCAUCAAGCUUCUUGAUUGCGACCAAGAACUCUACAAGAACUUCCCUCUGGUGAUCUCCGAGCGCUGGCAGCAGGAAGUGGCGGAAACAGUUUACGAAGCAGUAAAUGCAGACACGGAUAAAAUAGAGGCCAGGAAGAGAGCUAAAAAUAAGCAACUUGGCCAUGAAGAAGAUUACGCUCUGGGAAGAGACUGCAUCAUGCACGGGUACAUGCUGAAGCUGGGAAACCCGUUCCUGACUCAGUGGCAGCGUCGCUAUUUUUACCUCUUUCCAAACAGACUUGAAUGGAGAGGCGAGGGCGAGUCCCGACAAAAUUUACUGACAAUGGAACAGAUUCUGUCCGUGGAAGAAACUCAGAUUAAAGACAAAAAAUGCAUUUUGUUGAGGAUAAAAGGAGGGAAGCAAUUUGUCUUGCAGUGUGAGAGCGACCCCGAGUUUGUUCAGUGGAAGAAAGAGCUGACAGAGACGUUCAUGGAGGCCCAGCGGCUGCUACGUCGGGCCCCCAAGUUCCUUAACAAAUCCCGCUCGGCCGUCGUGGAGCUCUCAAAGCCACCCCUCUGCCACAGGAACAGCAACGGCCUCUGACACUCUGGUUGGGGAGGGUCCCAGAGAUGGCACCUCCUCCAGGAAGUCCACACGGGCUGCUCAGCCCUCGAAGUGCAGCCUUGGGGAGAAGUGUGAGGAUGAGAGGUCCAGUGAUGCGCCUCCAGGCUUCUCCGUGGCUGGGGACCCGGGACUCUGAGAGGCAUCUGUAGGAAUGGUGACCACCCUCAGGCCUGGGGCAUGCCUCCUCCCUUCCUGGGGGCCUCCUGCCAUGACUGCAUCUGUCCACACUCAAAACUACUGAAGAAAUGAAGUUCUCGUUCUUUGCCGCACACUUCUUUUGGUGACAGGUGAACCCAGAACUUGAAACGAUUCCUACUGAUCACGUCACUUUUUACAUCUGAUGUCAAACAUAUCUGAGACUUGUCAAAAUGGGACUGAACCGUCUGGCGUGUCGGGUAGCAGAUCGCCCCAGCAUUGCCAUGUUUUAUCCAUAAACAGCCGCUGCUGGGUUUAGAUGUCUUUGCUUCAUUCUACGGGGGGACAGUAGCCCACCCAGGGGUGUCUUCUGUGUGCUUGAGAACCGGUCUCUCAUUGCCCAGGGGUCGAAAGCUGCAGAGGUUUUCUGGACGAGCUGCACAGCCCCAGGGACUGGCCUACCUCCACAGGGAGCCUAGGCAGCUGGGACCUGGGGGCGUGGGAGCUGCUGGGCAUCGAAGGCAUCGGACACGGGAUCAUGGGAAGGUUUACAGUGGCUCUAGGAGAGGCAGUGGCAUUUUAUACUUCCAGGCAAUAGCAAUUCUCAAAAACCUUCAGGUCAACAGCACUUUCUCAUGUCUGGGUGCCCAGGAACGCUAGGGGGGGUGUGCCUGUCUUGGGUUUGGACAGGAAGCAGUUGUGCGACACAGCAGUCCUGGUCCCCUCUGCCUGACCUCAGGAAGCAUCUCUGUAACGGCUGUAUCAAGGAAGGAAACUCUGUUUUACAUUUUAGCAUAAUUUAAAAUGAAUUUUAUUGAAAAAAAAAAAAGAAUGCUGAAGAUGAAUGUGUCAAAAGGGGUUACUUAACUGUGUCUCUUGACCUGUGUUGUCGUUCAGCUGUCAUUAGCGAGGACUUCUGUGCACUGGGCGGUUGGCCUGUAACAGCGUAAAGGCCAUUCGCCUGGUCCCAGGGGCCUGCUCUCCCCGUGCUUUGUUUCACACCCCAAAUAAGUGCCGGGUUAUAAGAACCAGUGUGUUUCCCAGCAAAGUCCUCCAUGUCAUCAGACUAAAAAUAAUAACAGUAAUUUUCAAAAUCCAUGUAUUUGUCCUCUUCUUAGUGCAAUUUUAUUGUAAGUUUUUAAGUCAACUACUAACAAUAUAAAUAACUUGACAUCAUAAUUAUCUGCAUCCUGUCCUCGAUAUUUUUAGGGGUUCCAAAUCUUUGUGUUUACAUGUGUGUGCCACGCUCACUGGGAAAGUAAGUCCUUUUUAAUGAGAUGAUACUUUGAGAGUUCGAAAGAUAAUUACCAAAAGAGCCUUUUAUUUCAUAGGAGCUACUUUGGAAAAGCAACCUUGAGGUUCACCAUCUCGACUACUAGCCAGAGUUUAACAUAUGUGUUCUUCUAUCUACUGUUUCCAAUGUAGGAGGCCCCGGUUUACAGGGAGUCCUCUGGUUUUUUUGUUUUGUUUUGUUUUGGCCUCACCCACAGCAUAGAGGAGUUCCUGGGCCAGGGAUCCAACCCGCGCCACAGCAGUGACUUCAGCCACAGCCAUGACAAUGCUGAAUCCUUAACCUGCUGAGCCACCAGGGAACUCCUGGAUUCCCUGAAAGAAUAGCAUUCAAAUUCUACUUUUUUUAAAAAAAGAAAUUUAAGUAACAAAAAGCCACCGAAGACAGAAAAGCAGUUGUUCUCCGCAAAGAGUGAGUGAGUUCCCAGGCAUGGUUGAUUAUCACUGUCGCUGUGGUUACUGGCUCCAGCACAAGCUCACCUAUGCUUAGCAUUUAUGGUUCAGAGAUGAGUAAUUACAGCUUGGGAAUCACUGAGUCCUGCACCUCUGCUGGACAGAGUCGAGAUUUAGCCUCAUGUAGAGAAGGUGCAUGAAGUCCCUGAGCGGCUGGGCUUAGCUAAGUCUCACAUUCCAUACCCAGGGCACCAGCCAAUGCCAAUUCGCCUCUCUUUGAAAAAAAUAUCAUUUGUGCUCCGGAGUAAGAUAAAAGAUUAUCUUUCUUUUGGUAAAGGAAAAUCAAUUGGAAAUACUCCAAGAGGCUUUCUGCCUCCAGUUUAUUGCAAGUCACCUUUUAUCCUCUCCCACCUCAAAUUUGGUUGAUUAUGACAGCGCUCAGUGCAUCACCUGGAUGCCAUUUAUUAAAAGCACUCUGUGAGGUUAGGAUGAGUGGCUUUGGUCCUGGGUGGGUGGGUCCCUGGUUGUGUUAGGGUCUGGUUUGGCAGCCAUGGAGAGGCCAGCCUUCCACCUGGACUCAUGCCUACAGCCCCUCUGAUGGGGUAAGCGUUUCUGUGCCGAAUGAAGACUCCUCCGGGUCCCUUCUGAGCCGCACUGGUCGCCACAUGGCCAAAGAGGUCAAUUAGUUUAGAAGCCUUGGUAUAUGUGGCUGUUAUAGGUCUUAAGAGUGUUACAUCAUUCCCAGGUGUUUGACCCUACCUACUCGUGGACCAUUAAAAGGGACAAAAUUGAGCACAAGUGUUCUUAUUAUUUUAGAUUUGUAUGGUUGGUGUACUUUAAGCAUUGUCAGAGAAGAUCGUCGAAGUUGAUAUUUUUAUAAAGUUAUGUUAUAUUGUCUUGAUUUUCAUAAAUGAAAGGAAUCGUUAAAGCAAAGCCUCAAUAGAUUAAGCUGCUAUACAGCAUAUAUGGAAUAAAUUUUUAAACUUUUGGGAAUCCAAGUUAUUUUUUUAACCUAAAAUGUUCUUUCCAGUGGAUCUAUCCCCUUAUGUUAUUGGGGUUCAUGGUUUUUCCUUCUCUAUCAUGUUUAAGUAUGACGUUUCAGCAAAAUUAUUAGAAAUCACCUCUUUUCUCAUGCUAACAUGAAUGCUUCACCCCUUGGGCCUCUGGUUGGUCAAUUCACAGACAUGACAAUUUCAAAUUGCGUAUAUUUUAUUGCAUAUAAAGAGGAGGGCCUGUGUCAGGGCUUGCUGAAAAAAGGAAGAAUUCUGCCCAAGAAAGAUAGCCAAAAAACUGGAAAAUAAAUAGGGAAAGCAACACCCACAAACAACAAUCUGUUUUAAGCAAGAUUUUGCUUGAUUUGCGAUUUAAAAUGUGCUGUUCAGAUAUUAAAAACAAUUGUUUUAAGGCCCUCCCUGGCCAUUGAAAAAUGUCAUUGACCAAUUGACAAUGUGGUUUAACUAUCAAGAAGAUCAAAGUGUGGCUUUUUUCCUACUGUUUUUUGUUUGUUUCUUUGUUUGCCCCAUUUAUAGCUGAGCCAAUCCGAUACAUCUGACUUUUUGGUGGAAUUGACCUUUCUUACAUUUUGAAAUUUUACAUAUCAAGAAGAAAAGAAAAUUCUCAAAAAGUUGGACUUUUCUCACCUGCUGUAAACCUAUUUAAAAAAAAAACUUAGAAAUGUGCCAGUUUAAGAUAAGACUUAUCUCUUCUAAUUAUUUGUAAUUUUUUUCAGUUCCAUUUAGGGAAACGUUUCCAUGUCAUUCAGAGAUGCUUGAGGAGUGAAUUCCUCUCCUCGCAGAGAAUGGAUGCCUGGUUUAUACCCAGAGAGGAAUCUGGCUUCAUUCGGAUCAGUGACAGAUGCUGGGGGGUGGGUGGAGUAGGUGUCACAGAAGGCAGGAUCCUGGUGGAGAUGGGGAAAGGGAAAAAGGAGUGAAUUUGCCGGUAAAAGCCAGUCUCUUUCCACCAUAAAGCACCAGGGAAAAUUACAGUUGAACUCGGUGCUUUGGGUUGUCUUCCCCUUCUAACAAGAGUUGAGUAGUUCCUGUUGUGGCUCAACAGGUUAAGAACCCAACUAGUAUCCAUGAAGAUGCAGAUUUGAUCCCUGGUCUUGCUCGAUGGGUUAAGGAUCUGGCGUGACCUCAAGCUGUGGUGUAGGUUCGGCUCGGAUCCCACAUUGCUGUGGCUGUGGUAUAGGCUGGCAGUUACAGCUCUGAUUCGCCCCCUAGCCUGCAAACUUCCAUGAACCACAGGUGCAGCCUUAAAAAGGAAAAAAAAAAAAAGAAUUGACUAGUAACUAUUCUAAGACUUGGUCCCUUUAAGUCUUGAAUAUGGAACUGCUGACAUUUCUAAGAGGCUGUUUCCUUUCCAGCAGGACUUUCUGUAGCAAUUAUUGUCACCCCUGCUUGUCAUCCAGCACCCUUGGGCAAGGUGCACAAGGCCCAGAGCUGGUACACCAUCCUGGUGUGUGUGACUUGCAGUCAACCGAGGGGUUGGGGGCUGCUGUCAGUGUCGGGCCCUGCUGGUCAGGUGGGGACAUUGCUGCCCAUCCACCGAAGUUGCCAUAAUAACCAAGGCUGGGCUUGCUGCCUGAGCCAGGCAGAGCAAGCUUUAAAUUGUCUAUAUUUUCAAAACAUUGUUUUCCUAAAGAUCGAACAUGAUUUUUCCCUCCCACAUCAGGUUGUCUUGAGAAGCUUGAAAUAAAUACUUAAAUUCAUAUUAAUAUGAAUUUUUUGUAUCCAGGCCACAUUUUUAAAAAUCUGCCUAAGGGAGUCCCUACAUGGCUCUGUGGAUUAAGCUAGAUAGCGUUGUCACAGCUGUGGCUCUAAUUAUAGCUAUGGGGUACAGGUUUGAGCCCUGGCCCGGGAACUUCCGCAUGCUGAAGGCGCAGCCAAAAAAUACUUACUAUAGAAGGAAUGAAAGUUGAACUCUAAAACAAUACUUCUUGGUGUCCUCAAGUCAUAAUGGCCUUUAGAUUUCUUUCAUUCUCAAAAACUAAGGGAGCUGCUCUCUUACAGCAGAGUGACAGGAGUGCCCUGCUCUGGCAACGUCUGGGGGCACGAGCGUCUGGCUACUUCACUGGCAUGGCUGUGUUAGCACUUACUGAUAAAUGUAACAUUCCAAAUUUUAAAUUGCCUUUAUUUAUUUAUUUUUUAAAAAAGCAUGUACACACUGCAGACCAUGGCUUUAACAGUAUAUGCCUUCCAUCAAAACUAUACAGGAAAAACCUGCAUUUGGGAGUUAACUCACGUUCUUAUAGGAGAUUCUCUUACACCUAACAUUUCAAAAUCAUCUCUGAAAAACUGGUAACUAUGCUUCCUUCCAUUUUUAAUCUUGCCCUAAUAUAAAAUGUUUCUCGUUUCAGGGUAGGGAAUGGAGAAAUAUUUCUAAUCGUGUAUUCAUGUUCCAAAGGACUUGACAUUCAACUUCCUGUUUCUUAGUUGAUUAUAUUCCAUGAUGUGCAUAUUACACGUGGUUUAUAAGCUAAGCACUGGCUGUUUUUUUUUUGUUCUCUUGUGAAAUUGUAUUUUUGUAUGUUUCAACUAAUUGUGAUUGAUUUGGCUUUUUUCUGGGUGACAUAAAGAUUGCCAAACUCCAUUUAUAAAUAUAUAAAACAAGAGUUCUAUUUUAGCACAAAAGCAUUUUAUAUUAUUUAUUGAAUCCUUAGGUUUGUUUCCAUCAAAAACAUUCCUCAACACUUCUGCUCCUUUUUAUUUGUAUAGUUUGUUAUUUAAGGAAGGGCAGUCCUUUCUGUUGUGGGGUUUUUUUUCCCCAACAAAAUAAAACGGAAACAAAGCGUACAGCAAUGUGGGGCAAACAUCCCGUCUCAUGGCCAUGGACCGUUUUCAUCAAUGGCUUACCUUCCCAUCUGUGCGAGAGGCAAGGGCACUUCUUGGGGUGACAUCUGACCUCGAACCUGCUGUGAAAUACUGCUUUCAUCUACCUCGUCCCAAGGCCCCCGCUUGCUGACAGGUUUCCCCGAAUGCUUUACUUUAGACUGGCUCCAUCAUAAAAGGAUUUCAGGACAGCACGUCGGUGUCUCUCCCUCCUGAUGCAGAUGUCACGGCAUUGUGUAGGGGCCCCAGCCAGCAGGGCAGGUAGAUGUCAUCCCUUCUUGUGUGGCCAUCCUUCAUGGGCUGAGGUGCACCUGUGAAGCCAGAUCCACCGCCCCGCCUCAUUCUUACCAUCGCCUCAAGACUUGACUGUCGCACCUGAGUCAUCAGCUACCGAAUAGAAGAUCCUUCCUCCACAUUCUUUAGAAAAGGUCCACUGGGUUGAAAAACAGCUCUUCCGGGAGGAGCACAUUUGAACAUGACUAACCCCCCCUCCACCCCGCCGCUGUUUCAAAAUGGUUUUGGAAAUGGGCUCCUAUGUGGUUAAAACUUUACAAGAGGUAUUUUUUUCCAGCAGACCCUUGAGGGUCCGUGUGCAAUAGAGUAAAGAUCAGUCCCUGUUGGGCGGGUCGUCCCUCCCCACAUGCUGAUAUUUUUCUCUCCCUGGUUUCCUAGCUGUAUAGCCAUCCACGUGGUCAUGUAUUUUACUCUGUCCGUGGCAAAGUGUCAUGCCCUUGAAGAAGUAAAUCCGUUUUCCGUCGUGCAUUGCUAUACCAAGUGAAGCCAGUGAAUUAGGUACUGUAAAUCUAGAUAUGGCCCCUAUUAAAUUACCCUUCAUCUUAAUCUCUUUUCACAUCAGUUGUGCCACUGGAGUUUUAUAGUCACCUCUUCGUAGGUGUUUACUAUACACGUUGGAAAUCAUAUCCCACUCGAGAUGCUGGUCCGAGUCCACAGUCACCUGCCUUGUGUGGUGUGUCACUGUCGAUUAGUAUCACCAUCUUUCACGGUUAUGUUGGGGGCAUCCAGGCUGAUUUUCUGUGUUGAUAAACUGCUUACAUAGGCCUCAAUAAAAAGGAUCUGUAUAAAGAUA